CGUUGCCACAAAGCUGAAAGUGUUUUAUCGAAAGGUUGAAGAUUUUCGCUGUUCCUCUAAAGCUCAUUCUAAAUGGCUUUAGAUAUUUAAUUUAAGUGACAUAUGUAAGGUCAAAGUGUAAAGUAAACAUAAUAAUCGUUCGUGAGUUCGAAAACAAUGUUCUCAAAGCCUUUCCAAAACGUUUAAUAGCAGUUAAUAUAAACAGCGCACGUAUGCACAAACAUACACGCACGCACACAGUCGUAACGAAAAACAAGUUCUAAUAAGAAAGGCAAACUAACACAAAGAAGCAACAGCUUGCAGUCUUCAGUUGGGCUUCAUGAUGGGCACAAGCAGCGGCAUUAAAACCGAAGAGAGCCGAGCCAUGGGCUUGAAUCACCCAAGCGGCAGCAACAGCAGCAGCAGCAGCAAUGCAGCCGCCGUCGCGGCCGGAAAUGCGGCCAGCUCUGCGGCAGCCGCUGCGUCUCUUUCGUCCGUGGAACUGUGCCUGGUGUGCGGGGACCGUGCUUCCGGUCGCCAUUAUGGCGCCAUCAGCUGCGAGGGUUGCAAGGGCUUCUUCAAGCGUUCGAUACGCAAGCAACUGGGCUACCAGUGCCGCGGCGCAAUGAACUGCGAGGUGACCAAACACCAUCGCAACAGGUGUCAAUUCUGUCGGCUGCAAAAGUGUUUGGCCAGCGGCAUGCGAAGUGAUUCCGUGCAGCACGAACGCAAACCGAUUGUGGAUAGGAAAGAUGGCAUCGUCUCUGGUGGGACGGGCAGUGUGUCGGGCUCCUCGAGCAGUGCAGGCGGCCCCGCCAGUGUCUCCUCGGCUGGCAAGUCGAGCUAUCAACAGGUACGCGUGAAGCAACAGCAACAACAGCAGCAACAUGCGUCGGCAGCAGCUGCCGUCGCUGCCUCGGCUGCAUCGCUCUUUCAGCAUGCGGCCACGCCCACCGUGGGCAACACACCAACAACGCCCUUUGGGUUAAGUGAGACUCUGUUCCCGAUGAAUCUAAACUUUGCGGAACUAACACAAACGCUGAUGCUCGCUUCACAGCAACAACAGCAGCAGCAGGCAGCCAGCAGCAAUGCAAACAGUCACUGUUACUCACCAGAGUUGGCCAAGCCAGAGUUGGAGGAGGAUGACGAUGAUUCGAUGGACAACAGCAGCACCUUGUGCCUUCAGCUGCUGGCAAACAGCGCCAGCAACAAUAAUUCACAGCAUUUAAAUUUCAAUGCAGCAGCUGCUGCCGCCGCUGCAGCAGAUGCAUCUACCAUACCCACGCCCGCCACAGUGGGUCUCAUCCAGAGUUCGCUGGACAAGCGAGCCAUAGACAAGGCGCUGCAGUUGCUGCAGCCCAUACAGCAGCAGUUGGACAGGAAUCAGACCGGACAGAGCACAGCUGCUGCGCUGAGCAUCAAACCCGAAUGCGAUUCGGAUGCAGAAGACAGUGGGACAGAAGAUGUGGACGCAGAUCUGGUAGAGCACAUGGACCUGGACUUUGAGUACUGUCAGCGUGGCGAUUUUGUGGCCAAUGAAGCGAUCUUCACACAGGAUCUGUUUGCCUCCGAGGCGCAGUGUGGCUUCCAUGUGCAACCGCCCCCGCUGGUCCAUUCGUAUCUGAAUAUGCAUUACGUAUGCGAAACCGGUGCCCGGAUUAUUUUUCUCACUGUCCACACGCUGCGCAAGGUAGCCGCCUUUGAGCUGCUCGAUACGCACACUCAGAUGAAGCUGCUUCGCGGCGCUUGGCCCUCGCUGCUCGCUGUCGCGUUGGCUCAGUGCCAGCGCCAGUUGGCGGUGCCCACAAUUAUUGGUCAGCUGGUGCAGACCGUGCGCCAGGUGGCGGACAUCGAUAAGAUUGAGCCACAGAAGGUCGCGAAGCUAGCCCAGAUCACGCGCACCCUGCAUGACUUUGUACAGGAGCUGCAACCGCAGGAGGUGACGGACCUUGAGUUUGGACUGCUGCGUCUGGUAUUGCUCUUCAAUCCGCUCAUGCUGCAGCAGAAUCGACGCGAGCGCUCACUGCGCGCCUAUGUGAAACGGGUCCAGCUCUAUGCCCUGGCCACGCUGCGCCGGCAGAGCGGCGGCGAGGAGCGGGCGAAUGGAUUAUUUGCCAGCCUGCUGCCAUUGAGCGUGCUGGAGUCAGAGCUCACCGAGGAACUGUUCUUUUCCAAUCUGGUGGGCCAAAUGCAAAUCGAUUCGAUGAUACCCUUCAUCCUGAUGAUGUGCAACAGCAAUGGACUGUAGUGGAGGGGGCGACAACCCCCGAGCAAGCAAGACUGAUUGAAGGGGCCAAAA